CGAGUCGAUUUGAACGGAGAAAAUUUGAUUGGAUUCAAGAAACAAAGCUUCCAAAGUGGUAGGGAGACCACGGGGUACGUACAACAAGUUGUUGAAUGCAAGAUCUAAAAACUAAGCCGAAGCUCGACGAGAGAUGGCGGUAGAGAUCUAGGAAACCGUGUCAGCUUAUUUUCACUCAGGUCCAAUCUUUUCAAUGCGUUGUUUUCCAGAUGUAGAAAUUCCCCGUUGCGUGGAAAGGUACUCGGUAUUUCAUUCAAUUGUUUGCCAGAGCAAUAAAUUAUGUUUAGGGAGCAUGCACAUUGUGGUGGACAUAUAUACCUGUGGUAAAAGGAAAUCAUCUGUGGAUUGCAACUUCGAUGGAAGAAGAUCUUUCUGCAGGUGGAAGAGGGAGUGGUUUGAGAUGAGAAGAGCCGGAUGGAGGGCAGGGUCCAAAAUCCGUGACUCUUCGGUCCGGGAUGUAACGAACGGCGGCGACGGGAAAUUUGCUUUCGUUCAAUCUAGAAGUCGACCUGAAGGUUUUCGAUCUCGUCUUCGUAGUGCUCGUGUCGCCCCUGAUCGUGGUUCAUGUUUUGUCUUCCACUGUUCAAUUGGGGGUAGCGAGUGGUCGUACCCUGAUGGCCUACCUUUACUAAGAGUUUUCAUUGUGGAGCCUGGCCAAUCACCGGACCGAUCUGUACCUGUCGUCGAACGCGGUGAAAAAAUCGAAUUUCCUUUUCAAAAGUUUAUCACACCGGUUGAUGAAAGCCUCGAUGCUAUAAACGGCGAUUACGUUCAAUUCAUUAUCGAAGUGGUCAGUGGAGCAUCUAAGAAAUCUUUCGUUGCUAUUGAUGAUGUUAAACUUCAACCUUGUGAUGAAGCCAGGGGCUCCGUUGCGGUUCCAGAGUUUGACGUCCAGGCAGAAGCUAGACAGAAGAUGCAUGACGUCACCGAUGACCUCAUGGAGAUGAUGCUACCAGCUUUAAGAGGGGAUAUCGGUGUUUUUCAGUUUCCAGACGCGAGUGAGCCGCGAUCUUUGCUGUCACCUACCGGAAACUUCAGCGCGGGGACUCGAAUCGCUACUUCGCCAAUUCUGGUUCGAGCAGAUGAUUAUGCUGCUAUCUCGAGAAGGCGAGAAAGGCGGAAGCGGCGGAAGAAUAGACGGAAGAAGUUGAGAAGAAGAAAUAAGGGGAGAAAGCUAAAGAAGAAAAAGCUCAGUAGAACCCACGGUGUGACAGAUGGAGUUAUAUUCCUGCAAGAGAGCCCUACACGAGGGACAACUGGUAUCAGAACAGGGAAUGUCCCUUCUCCCACCAUACCCAGAAUGGCAAUGUGUGACUUCAUUGAAUACACUCAUCGUCUUAAAAGAUGUUUCCGCAGCUUUUUCUUCGACUUACAAAGACAGCCACAAAGUUGCCGAACGCUGUACAACAAUUUAGAAAACUGUGUUCUCUUUGCUGCGUCAUCUUGCGUUCCUUCACGUGACAUGACGUCACAGAGAGUGGAAGAAAUCGUCAUGGGAAAUCUGAGGACAAACUUCAAAAUGAAACAAGUGUACUGUGAGGAAGAAGGCGCGUUCGUGUUCCCGAAGUUUGCGGUGGACAGACUUCCAAUACAAUGCGGACCAAGAUACUUUAUAAAACUGUCGGAAUGCGGGGGACCGUUCCGCAACAUUUUUAAUAUACAGCACGGAAAUCCCCGUCUCUGCAGCGAGUAUUACCAAGCGAACGAGUGUCAGCGACAAACAACAGCCGAGGAAUGCAACUUUGACACGGAGACAAUGCUUUUGUAUGGACUCAACUUACAGUAUCAGUUCGCCCACAACCCCUUCUGCGUUCAUCUACCUUUUAGUGCUUGGUGGCCUGAAACGUAAAACUUCAUGUCGAAAUCGGCAACAACAAAAUUCCGAACGUGCGUUUUGCAAAGAAUGUCACGCGACGCCAUGUUUAAAAGUUCCAAUUAAAUGUUGCUUUUUAAAAAGCCUUUUCAGUAUUUUUUAUCUCGUGACUUAAAAGUUUCCCCCUUUUUACUUGUUACUUGGUAUUAAUUUCUUACUGUUCUUUUUAUACAUACGUGCACCUAUUCUUUGUACAUUUUGUGUUUAUCCUCCUACGUGUUUAAUUUAAAAAAAAUGUCUUUGAUAUUAAAAUCGUGUUCAAUGAAGUUUACGU